ACCGACAGUUUCGCAAUGUUUACAGGAGUCACCCGAGGUGCGCAGGUCACGGGCAUUGCGGUAAUGGCCCUCUUGUUGACUUGGAUAUCCGCUCUACUCCGUCUGUAUGUUCGAACUCGGAUACUCAAGUUUGUUGGCCAAGAGGACUGGCUCAUGUUUGCAACCAUGGUAGCCCCCCAACGUCUUCUCUUUGAAACAUUAGCUGAUACCCACAAGAUCCUCAUUACUCUCCUUUGCUCUCUCUUUCUAUCAGCAAAACAAUAUGGACUUGGUGCCCACAUGAACAACAUCCCGCCGACCGACAAGGAAUCGGGAUUCAAGAUUAUAUUUAUUUGCGAACUUCUUUAUGUUGUGACAACAGCAGUGGCCAAACUCUCAAUCGGGACAUAUUUUCUCCGCCUUUGCAGCAAGAAAUACCAGACACGGAUCGUCUACUCUACUCUGACUAUUGUCAUGGUAUUCACCACAACAUAUUUUUUCUUCCUGCUUUUCCAAUGCAGCCCAAUCGAUUUCUUGUGGACCGAGUUUGGCAACAGCCAAGGCUCAUGCUUACGCAGUACAAUACUUGCAAAUGUUACUUAUGCGCAUGCUGUAAUGUCCGCAAUCACUGACUGGUCUUUUGGAAUCCUUCCCAUCUUCUUCGUUAGAAGGAUGCAGAUGAACCCACGAACCAAAUUUUCAGUCAUUCUCAUCCUUUCCCUCGGGUUUUUUGCGAGUUCCGCUACCAUCGUUCGCAUCUUCUACAUCAGAAGCCUCUCCCAAACCAAGGAUUAUUCCUGGGAAGCAAUAAACCUCGUCAAAUGGUCAAUGGUGGAGCCGGCAAUCGCCAUCACAGCCGCCAAUAUUGCUACACUUCGUCCUCUUCUCAACAAUUUCUUCUUCUCAACUAAACCCGUCGACUUCAAGGUUGCGGACGCUGAGAGUAUGGUGGGUGAAAGCCGGCUUCCACACCGGCAUGAUCGGAAUACCGGUAGCUCGAAACACUACAGCCCCGAAUUUGCAGAUAUGCUGGGUUUGAGCCUGACUCGAUCAUCCGUCACUACAGAGAUUACCGCCGGCCGCUGUCAUAAAGCCUCAGCUUUGUUCAGCCUUGCGAGGAUUAUGUCGUGCGGGGUUGGGGAACAGAAAGAACAUAGGAUGGAGCUCGGGGGGGUGACCGAUCAUCGUGGAGGUGUGGAGGACUUGGGGACUGGUAUACAUAAGACAACUGUUAUCACGGUUGACAAAUAA